AUUCAAAAAUUGACUUCAACAUAUAUCAUUUAUAUACUUGGGUUUAAGAGUUUAAUUGCUGACAAAGUUUCGUCAAUGUUUAAAAUAUUUUCUGUCACUCUUCUUUACAUCCUUUUCUUGGAUUGUCUUUUUGUAUUUGCCGAAGAAAAUAAUAUAUUAUUAGUUCAAAAGGAAACAGCGAAAGACAAAGGUAGUCUAGAAGACAGAAAAAUAAAUAGUGAAUGGAUGGAAACAGUACAUAUAGCUGUCGUGGCUUGUGGAGACAGGCAACCAGAGACAACUAUCAUGAUUAAAUCUGCAUUAAUCCUAACGAAAGGAAAACUUCAUUUCCACAUUUUUACUGAACAAGCAUUGAGAGAACACUUUAAAAGUGAUUUCGAUUCUUUCCCUGCAAGUACUCAAGAGAACUUUCGAUAUGAUUUCUACGAUAUUCAAUACCCAAAUGACAUUGAUAUGACCGAAUGGAAGAAAAUUUUUAAAUUAUGCGCCACCCAAAGACUAUUUAUACCGGACCUUAUACCUGAAUCUGUGACUAAUAAACUCUUGUAUGUUGAUACGGAUGUUUUAUUCGUUUCGCCUCCUCAGGAAAUAUGGACAAUUUUUCAUAUAAUGAACGAGAAUCAGAUAUCAGCACUGGCACCAGAACACGAAGAUCCAUCUACAGGAUGGUACAAUCGAUUCGCUCAACAUCCUUACUAUAAACCUUUAGGUGUAAAUUCUGGAGUAAUGCUUAUGCAUUUGGAAAGAAUAAGAAAUUCAAGUUGGAAGAAGGAUAUGAUUAAACAUUAUCAGCAGUAUAAAUAUAAAAUUACUUGGGGAGAUCAGGAUUUAAUUAAUAUAUACUUUAGUGAGCAUCCAGAACAACUUUAUAUAUAUACUUGUGAAUGGAAUUAUCGUACGGACCAUUGUAUGUACAUGAGUAUCUGUAAGGAAGCUGAAAGGUAUGGUAUUAAGAUGCUGCAUGGUUGUAGAAAAGCAUUUACAUCUGAUAGUCAACCAGAAUUUAGGGUUAUAUACGAAGAAUAUAAAAAGUUCGAUAUGGAUAAUGAUAAUGUCCUAUCUAUACUACCAAAUGUUCGAGAAGGUAUUGAAAAAGUGCAUGAUAAAGGAAAAUGUAACGUUAUAAGUGAUCUUAUUGAAAUUACACUUAAAAAGGCUUUUGCGGAUGAAAAAAGACAAAUUAGUGAUAAAUUAAAUGAACAUGAAAAAAUAAAAUAUACAAAGGAAUCGAACAUUGAUAUUGAUUGGGUUUUUAAACAUAACACUACAAUACACAUCGCCGUUGUUGCAUGCGGAGACAGACAAAAAGAAACAGUAGUGAUGAUGAAAUCGGCUGUAAUUUUUACAAAAGAGCCGAUAGUCUUUCAUAUAUUUGCUGAAAAAGAGCUACACGAACAAUUUAUUAACGAUUUUGCUAAUUGGCCAAAGAAGACAAAAAAUCGGAUCCGAAUGACUCUUUACGAUAUAGAUUACCCUGAAAGUGUCAAUGAAAGACAAUGGAAAAGUCUGUUUAAGUUGUGUGCGACACAAAGAAUAUUUAUACCUUAUAUCAUUUCUCCCGGAGUUACUAAUCGAGUACUGUACGUUGAUACCGACGUUCUCUUCUUACGUUCUGUUAAGGAUUUAUGGGGAUUUUUUGAUCAUUUUAAUUCUAGUCAAUUAUCAGCUUUAGCGCCGGAACACGAGGAUCGGGCUAUGAGCUGGUAUAAGAGAUUUGCAAGGCAUCCGUACUACGGAGAGUUAGGCGUUAAUUCUGGUGUAAUGUUAAUGGAUCUAGAGAGGAUGAGAGCCCAAAAAUGGAAAGAGAAGAUGAUUGAGUACUUUAACACAUAUGAAAAGAACACAACUUGGGGAGAUCAGGAUUUAAUAAAUAUAUAUUUCUCUUUUAGUCCAGAUCAAUUGUUUAUUUAUGACUGCCAAUGGAAUUACAGACCAGAUCAUUGCAUGUAUUGGAGCAAUUGUAAGGCGGGAGAGGAAUAUGGAGUUUCUGUUCUUCAUGGUAGUCGUAGAUUCUUUCAUCUGAGAGAAAAAGAGCCAGCUUUCUGCGAAGUUUAUGAUGCCAUUAAUAAUUAUCAGCUGGAAACAGAGUUUAGGACAAAUUUAUUUGAACCCCUUAUUACAAAGUUAAAUGCACCUGAUAUAAAGAAUUCAAAUUGUGGAAAAGUUUCGCAUUUCUUUUACUACCAUUUGGAAUAUCAUUUGAUAGCUUUGGAAAAGGAGAAUGUAGAUUAUUAG